AUUGUUUAGAGAAGAAAAUAAAAACACGUUUGUAAGAAACGGGAGAUAGAAUUAGUGGUAACCGGUGUAUUACAACUAACUAUGACACAAUCUGAGGAUGCCAUUGACCUGGAUGGAUUGUUGCACGAGAUUGGUCAGUUCGGAUUGUUCCAAGUGCGCCAAUAUGGGCUGAUGAUACUACCGAUAAUAUUCAACGCAUUCUUCACGCUGAGCUACGUAUUCACUGCCGGAAACCUCAACUACAGAUGCUUGACUCCGGAGUGUGAAGAUCCCGCAACGGAAGUUUACGAUGUUCCAUGGUUAAAUGGUACGCAAGUCCCCCAGAAUGAUGAUCAUUGUUGGCGGUACAAAUUUGUUUGGAAUGAAACGGCACUACCAGAAAAAUGUACAAUAGCCCAAGAUGAACAAAAUUCUUCCACUUUGCUCCAGUGUGAUCGUUUCGUUUUUGAAACAAAUGAAAAUACUAUUGUGCGUGAUUUCAACCUUACAUGUGCUCAAAAUGACUGGAAACUUACCUUGGUGGGAACCGUGAACAAUAUCGGUCAAUUUGUAGCACUUCCUAUAGCCGGGUAUUUUUCGGAUCGAUUUGGUAGACGAUGGGUUUUGCUGAUCAGUGUCGCUGGAAGUGCGAUUUUCGGUUUGAUUCGUUCUUUUUCCACCAGCUAUGCAAUGUUCGUCGUAAUGGAGUUCCUUGAUCCAGCUAUCGGUUCAACCAUGUAUACGACGGCGUUCAUACUAGCGCUGGAGCUUGUUGGUCCGAAAAUGCGUGUGACUGGGAAUAACAUUAUAUCGUGUGCCUUUUCCUUUGGUGAGGCCCUGCUCGGCCUGUUGGCUAUGUACUUCCGUGACUGGCGAGUAUUACUACGAAUUUUGUACAUAUCCGGGUUGAUUGCAUUACCCCUGCUUUAUACCACAGCGGAGAGUGUACGCUGGUUGUUAUCAAAAAACAGAAAAAAGGAUGCAUUAACUAUCCUAUUACGUGCGGCUGACUUGAACGGGAAGAAACUUUCACCGUCGGUAGUGGAAAGCUUCUGCAACAAAAGCGAUGACGAGUGCAGUGCAGAAAUGGAGAACAGUAAACCCUUUACACAAUUGGUGCGUGAAGCCUUCGCCACUCGUGGACUUGUGCUGCGUGUCGUAAAUUGUUCUUUUUGUUGGCUCACUAACACAAUGGUUUAUUUCGGGCUGAGCCUCAACUCAGUAUCUCUAUCCGGCAAUAAGUACCUCAACUUCAUCCUCGUAUCACUUGUUGAAUUGCCUGGAUUCUUUCUCAUGCAGCUAAUCCUGGAUCGGUUUGGACGAAAAAAAACUCUUUUCACCACACUUAUAGGUAGUGGACUGUUUUGCAUUGUUUCGGUGUUCAUUGCUGGUGCAGAUGUUCCACAGCUUAAUCUGGCGCUAUUCCUACUCAGUAAACUAUGCAUCACCAUGUCUUUCGGAACACUAUACAUUUAUACAGUGGAGAUUUUUCCAACUAACCUACGCCAAAGUCUUCUAUCGACAUGCUCUAUGUUUGGCCGUAUUGGAUCGAUGGUAGCACCGCAAACGCCACUGUUAUCAAAAUUCUGGGAGCCCCUUCCAAUGAUACUUUUCGGCUGCCUCGGCAUUACUUCCGGUAUUGCAAUUCUCCAAUUUCCUGAAACGCUUAAUACUGAUCUUCCUGACACACUCGAUGAGGCCAUGGCUAUGGAAAACAAAAAUGACUCACAUCAAGCGACGAGUAAAUGA